ACAAGAGCAGCGAGUAGACAAGAGCUAUCAACGCACAGCGACCGUCGGACAGAGCAAAUACAAAUAAUAUAGCUAUUAGACACAAUCGAAUGAGGAUUACAGCGUGGUUUUAGAGCACGAGCACGCCAGCAGCCGGACACCACAAUCCCAUGCGCGAAAAACGAGACGUCUCCAAGUAAAAAAACAGCAAGUUUGCAUUCGGAGCUGCAGAAAACAGGAGGUGGGAGCAGGGUCAUCGGCGUGAGAGGGGUUGACUGGCGGGGCCUGGUCAUACAGUGUUUCAACGAGAGGAAGAGGAGGAGAAGGAAUAUUGGAAGAGAAGAGAAGGAAAGGGAGACCCGAGUAAGAGGGUCACGGUCACCUGCUUUAGACAGCUGUGUUGUCAGCUGAUCAGUUUUUUUUUCCUUCUUCAUUGCGUUGGAUUUUUGCAGCUCUACUUGGAUUUUAUUGUCAGUAUCAACAUAUUGCUGUUAUCACACACUUGUUAGUGUUUGAUUUUUUUCCCCAGCGUUUCCAAUUGUUUCUUUUUUUUUCUCUCUUUUUUCUUUUUUCUUUUUUUUUUGAUGUUUUUAUUUGUUUAGAUUUUUGGGUCGUGAACAGGAUUUUUCAUACCAGAUUUGAACAGAUUUGACCUUUUUUUUUUUUUUUCCUCGUGUACACACCCAGUAUAAGGCAGCUAUUUCUUUAUUCUUUGGAACGCUUAAAAAUAAACAUACCUUCAUACGCAAUCCAUACGCUGUCUUUCACACACAAGGCGCACACAAACACACACACACUCGCACACCACUCAGCCUUCUCAACUAAGUCUGGUCCAGCCUAGUCUUGCCUGCUCCGAUCCCCUGGACAGGAUUCAGCUCCGAGAGGAAGGGAGGAAUAUGACAGCAGAGACACUCACUUUCGGCCCAGAAUGGCUCCGUGCACUUUCCAGUGGAGGCAGUGUGACUUCCCCUCCUCCCUCUCCCGCUAUGCCAAAGUACAAGCUGGCCGAAUAUCGCUACGGCCGAGAGGAAAUGUUAGCACUUUAUAUCAAAGACAACAAGAUCCCAGAGGACAUGCAGGAUAAGGUGUUUGCUGCUAUUCUGCAGGAUGAGCCUCAGCAACCAUUGGCACUGGUGCCGCUCACUGAGGAAGAACAACGGAAUUUUUCCAUGUCUGUCAACAGUGUGGCUGUGCUGAGGCUUAUGGGUAAAGGGGGUGGGGCCGUUCCUGCUAGUAUUGCCCGUGGCAGAGGCACUGUAAGAGGUGGCCGAGGCAGGGGCCGUGGAGAAAGUGGGUUCUACCAAAGAAGUACUGAGGAAGGAGAGGUGGGCUUCAGCAGGAGCGUUCGAGAGAUCCAUCGUAGCCAGAGCUGGGACGACCGGGGUGAGAGGCGUUUUGAAAAGCCUUUGCGUCGGGAGGGGUUGCGUGUUGGCUUUGAGGAAGCGAGCUCUGGGGGAAGGAAGGAGUUCAUGCGUUCAGACAGUGACAACUGGCGCACACUUCGAGAGGAGCAUGAGCAAGAGGAGGGCGGUGGAGACGCAGGCGGUAGCUGGAGACUGGCUGGCUCGCGUCGAGAAGAUGCUCCCCGUUCAGCAGGCUGGCGGGAGCACGGUGAGGUUCGCCGUAGAAAGUUUGACUUUGACUUUCGGGAUGGAGGGAGUGAAGGAGGAAGGAGGAGAGCAGGAAGUGAAGGAGGAGAGGAAGAGCGAGACGGACUGCCUGAGUGGUGCACUGAUGAAGAAGAUGGAGAAAUGGGUACCUUUGACUCUUCUGGGGCAUUCAUGCCUAUCAAGAAGGGCUCUAAGGAUCCUAUUCCAGAAGAGGAGUUUGAGUUUCAAGGUCUCGAGGAUGAGGAUGAGUGUGGUACAGAUGGAGAGAAGAAAGAUAGCAGUGCUGGAGACAAAGCCGAAAGAGAUGAGACCGACUCUGCAGCUGUGUGCGAGGUAGAGAUAAAAUCUCUUCCUCCCUCCUCUCCUUCCUCCCUGCCCCUCAUUGCUCCUCAGGCUGAGCCUGUGCCUGCUGCUGUCCCCCCUUGUCUGGAGGAUCCUCAGCCCGCACCUGCCAUGCAAAGCAAGAUGCCAAGUGAAGUGUUACCAGAGCCUAUGUCUGAGUUGAGUCCUAGUGCCUCCUCCAGUCUGCCUUCAUCCCCUCCUUCCUCUUCCUCUGCUGCUAUUGACCUCCCACCAUCGGGGGGUGAUCCCGAGGACGACGAGGGCAUGAAGCACUUGCAGCAGGAGGCAGAGAAAAUGGUUGCAGCUCUUCAGGACACAUCUCUGGAGGAAGAGUGUUUUACCCAGACGCUGCAGGAGAGCAGAAACACUGCAGCUGCCCUUCCUCUCUCCCACGACUCUGCCAUGAAGUGGUUUUACAAAGACCCACAGGGGGAAAUUCAGGGCCCCUUUAGCACAGUGGAGAUGUGUGAAUGGUUCCAGGCAGGCUACUUCAGCAUGUCUUUGCUGGUGAAGCGCGGCUGUGACGAGGGCUUCCAGCCUCUGGGAGACGUUAUUAAGAUGUGGGGGCGGGUGCCCUUUGCACCUGGCCCCUCCCCACCGCCACUGCUGUGUAAUCUGGAUCAGGACAGGCUGAAGAAGCAGCAGCAAGAGUUGGCCACGGCUGCUCUCUACCAGCAACUGCAACAGCAUCAGCUUUUCCAACUCAUUAACAGAUGCGGAGAGCAGGGUAUGAUGCCUUCAAUGAACAGAUCAAUGUCAGUGCCAGAUACAGGGUCCAUGUGGGACAUGCAUACCUCAGCCUCACAGCCGACAGGUGGUGAGGCCAGUCUAUGGGACUUAACAAUGAAUUCUUCAACUCAGGGUCCAACUCUUGAACAGCUUCAGAAGCUCCAGGAGAGAAGAGAGGCUGAACUCAGGGCUAAGCGGGAAGAGGAAGAGAGAAAAAGACGGGAUGAAAAAAGGAGACAGCAGCAGGAGGAACAGAAGAGGAGAGAUGAGGAAGAGCUCUUCAGGCGCAAACAGCAGGAGUUGCUGAUGAAGUUACUACAGCAGACCCCACGUCAGGGGGCAGCCAGUACUGGCUCAGGCUGGAGCACAGGCCCAGUCCCUGGACUCGGGAAGCAGGGCAAGUCCAUCAACACGCUGGAUAUUCAACAGGACUCGGAGAGACUCUACAAACAGCAACAAAGAGCCCAACAGCAGAGAUGGGCUUCAGAGGGUCUCUGGGGCUCUGCUGGCAUAGAUGGUAAGGCACCUGGUGGCAGCAGUCCCUCAGGCGGGAGCAUGGGGGUUUGGGAUGAGGCCCUAAAAAACCAGAGCUCCCUCCGUAGCGGCAUAGGCCUGAAGAACAGUCGCAGUAGCCCCUCCCUCAGUGAUCAGUACAUAAUGAUGAAUCGCCGCAAACGGACUGAGGACGAGGAGCGUUUACUGAAGCUCUUGCAGGGGAUGAAGGCUCAGGACGGCUUUACCACAUGGUGCGAGCAGAUGCUGCAUGCCCUUAACACCUCUGCCAACAACUCCAACUCCUCCCUGGAUGUGGCCACGAUUGUGGCAUAUUUAAAGGAGGUGGAGUCGCCGUAUGAGGUGCUGGACUUCAUCCGCUCCUAUCUGGGCGACACUGUGGAAGCCAAAGAGUUUGCCAAGCAGUUUCUGGAGCGCCGUGCCAAACAGAAAGCCAACCAUCAGAGGCAGCAGCAGCUAUCUAAGGAGGUCGGUGGACUGACCAUGAACAGCUUUCCUCUACAGGAUUCCAUGAGGGGUAUGAAUCCUGCUGCUUUGCAGUCCAUGUUUCAGGCAGUUCAUUCUGGGAAAGGAGGGAUGGGCUAUGAUCAGGCAGGGAAACUGAAGAAGAAACAGCCCAUGAUGCUGCACUCCGAUCCAAGCAUCUUGGGUUACUCAUUCCAUGGUGCAGGGGAUCGGAUGAGCAUGAGUGAGAUGGAGAUGGUGGAGGAUUACUGAGUCCACAGCAAUAGCUACCUGAGGCCUUUUUCCGCGGGUCCAACUAAUCAGACUCCGCAAGUCCAAUGUGCACUGCUGGGGAUUGGGGGGAGGGGGGUUAAGAGCCAGGAUAAACAGAGAGGGAUGUGUCUGUGUGUUUGGAGGGGAAACUGCAGCUAUAGUAUAAAGUGGGUGUAAAUAGAGUAGUGGUACUCCUUUUACAUUGGUUACAGCUCCAGGAUUCCCCUGCAAGUGGUGUGGUUGGGGGGGAAAGGGGUGAUGUUUGGGGGUUAAUUAAUUUCUGGCACUUACACAAUAAGCACCUUAUUCACACUAAUGCACUUUAUGAAGGUGGUAUAUUGAUAGGGUUAUGUUUUUUUUUUUUUUUUUUUUUUUUUU